GCUGGGGCGCGUGCUCCCUACCCAGCACCCCUUGCGUGGCCCGGCUCGGCGGACACUAGGACUCCAAGAUGGCGUCAAUCGUGCCAGUGAAAGAGAAGAAACUCAUGGAUGUCAAACUAGGGGAGUUGCCAAGCUGGAUAUUGAUGCGGGAUUUCACCCCUAAAGGCAUUGUGGGAGCAUUUCAGAGAGGUUACCACCGGUACUACAACAAAUACAUCAACGUGAAGAAGGGGAGCAUCGCAGGGGUCAACAUGGUGCUGGCAGCAUACGUGCUUUUCAGCUACUGCCUUUCUUACAAAGAACUCAAGCACGAGCGGCGACGAAAGUACCAUUGAAGAGGGGCCAGUGUGGAGACCAUAUUAUGUACUCCUGAGAAUUAAUAUCCAAUAAAAGGUGACUGGUA